AGCGCCUCCACGAAAAAUGAGAUGAGCGUUUGCCGGGAGCCAUCGUAGAGUACAAAAGGUUGGUACUUCUCCCGUCCAAUUCACUCCUCACGCUCGGCCGCCUCAGUCAUUCAGUCAAUCUUUGACAGUCAUUCAUUCUACAGCUCUGUGAGCUCGACCUACUACAUUCACUCUCUACAUACCCACACAACCACAAACCGAAACCUUCAGUUCAGGCAACCCACUCCAAAACCAAAUCCACCCUCAACAUCAUCAAAAUGUCCAAGAUCUUCAACACUGCUGUCCUCCUCGCGGGCCUCGUUGCCCAGGUCUCCUGCCACACUUCCGUUGAGAGCGCCGAGAUUGGCGGCGUUACCUACGCCGGCUUCCGUGGUGCAUCCAUCGAUGCUCCCCUUGAGAAAAACUCCCCUGCCUGGAAGACCAACCAGGGCUGGGGCUACCAACCUGUGAUGGGUGACUCGAUCAACAAGCCCGACAUCAUCGCCCACAAGGACGCCACUCCUUCCCCCAACACCGCCGAGGCCCCUGCCGGCUCCAAGGUCACUUUCCACUGGCACCACAAGGGCAGCUGCGGUGAGGGUGAGGAGGGCUGGGACUGCUCUCACCACGGCUGGACUGCCACCUGGCUCGCCGCUUGCAACGGUGACUGCUCCAAGGUCGACAAGACCAAGCUUGAGUUCUUCAAGAUCGACCAGGUCGCCUUGACCUCGUACCCCAAGGGCACCCGCUACGCUGAGGGCGAGACCCAGGGCCAGACUGGCAAGUGGGGUACCGACGAGAUCUUCUACGACAACGGUAAUGCCCACACCGUCACCAUCCCCAACGAGAUCCCCUCCGGUAACUAUGUGCUGCGCACUGAGGUUGCUUCCAUCCACAACAACGGCGCUGUCUCCAAUAGGCAGUUCUGGCCCUCGGCCUUCAACAUCAAGGUCACCGGUGGUGACGACAGCAAGUCCGUCCCUGAGGGCGUCAAGGGAACUGAAAUCUACUCGGCCAAAGAUGAACUCCUCAACUGGGACCUUUACUGGCACGACGCUGGCAAGACCAUCGCCGAUGCGCCCGGCCCUGAGCUCGCCUCCGUUGCUGUCGCAUCCAACACUCGCCGCCACGCGAGGGACUUCUCAAACUAAGCGCAUUACUUUGGAUCGCUGUAGUUUGCAUUUUCAUUGACAAAAAGGUUUCUAGCGCAUUUGGCCGAUCGGAAACUGGAAAACAUCUGGAGCAUAUCUUUCGAUUCUCUUCUUCUCUUGGGCGGAUACCACGUUCAUCAUGACCCAUUACGAUUUCUCAGUGUAGAUAUUUCACAUACCCAGCUACGUAUCGAAUUGGCAUUGCUCUUCGCAGACAACAUUGCUCUCCUGUGCUACAAC